AUGGAUCCCGUCUCCAAUUCCUUCAAUCCUCACAAGCUCCUCAAGGAAGAAUUCGUGAGCAAUUUGAAUGGCUCGUCCAUGCUUGAGAUCGCCUCGCUUUCCACCAUUGUCCCUGCUCUGUUCCUUCUGCGACGCGCGUUCUGCUUCAGCUACAAGAGCGAUGCAACGAAGAAAGAUGAUGAUGCAGUUGCUAAAUCUAGGAAUUUGGGAGCAUACUUGGCAGUGGUAUCUUUGGAUUUCCUGUUCCUCAUUGUACCAACUCUUCUGGUGCUCACUGUUCUAGCAGAUUGGGUGCAUGUUUUGGCCAUCGUUCUGGUGGUACUGAUUUUAUCUCUGGCAGCUAAAAGGUUUGCUUCAUUUGCAUCGAAUUCUGGGUCGGCCUCUCAGCUUAGGACAAACAUUUCAUCGUACAGGGUCAAUGUGAUGAUUGUGACUUGCCUGUGUAUAUUGGCUGUUGAUUUCACAAUAUUUCCCAGGAGAUACGCGAAGACAGAAACUUAUGGUACCAGCUUGAUGGAUCUUGGGGUUGGCUCCUUUAUAGUGACAAAUUCCCUAGUGUCACGACAAGCACGCGGUAUAUCAUCCAUGAGCUGGAAGGCUGCUUUUAAAUCCUCCAGCCCACUCCUAGUACUGGGAUUUGGUCGUCUUCUUUCUACGAGAAGUGUGGAUUAUCAGGUUCAUGUUGCAGAAUAUGGGGUUCAUUGGAAUUUCUUCUUCACUCUUGCAGCUGUUACCAUCCUCACAUCCAUAAUAAAGAUUCCCCCCAAGUACUCGGGCCUCUUUGGUUUAUCACUUCUUGUAGGUUAUCAGUGGUUGUCAGUAAAUGGACUGAACUUAUAUUUGCUCUCUAAUGAAAGGGGGACAGAUCUCUUGAGUCAAAACAAGGAGGGUUUAUUUAGCAUACUUGGAUACUGGGGUAUCUAUCUUCUGGGCGUCCAGUUGGGCUACCAUCUUUUCUUUGGUGACCAUAAACCUGAAUUGAAAAGCAAGAAAUGGGCAACGAUCAAAGUCUCCUGCCUUUCCAUUAUCUUCUGGUUAACAACUGUGGUUCUAGACAGCCAUGUCGAAAGAGCUUCACGAAGAAUGUGUAACUUAGCUUAUGCUACACUGGUGUUGGCUCAAAAUCUUCAGGUUCUAGCAAUACUAAUGCUUUCGGAUUGCAUUGGCGUAAGUAGCAUCUCCACACUUGAAGAAGCAAUCAAUCGGAAUUUGCUGGGAACAUUUCUCGUGGCAAAUGUUCUUACAGGGCUGACAAACAUGUUAGUCGAUACAAUCUUCUCAACUCCGCUCUCUGCCCUUUCAAUCUUGGUCACUUAUGCUUAUCUUUUGUCCAUUAUAACUGGAAUCGCAGACUUCUAUGGGAUGAGGAUCAAGUUUUGGUAG